AUGCAAUGUUCAUCGAAAGCUUCAUCAGGAGGGUAUAACAAUUGCACUGGAUUUCAAACAUCUAGUUACGCUCCACUUCAAUACCAGAGACCACCGUUUCGCGAUGCAACUAUAUUGGACAGUUCUUCACCAACAUUCAAAGCUAGUCGUCUCUACGGUUCACCUGAAAUCAAACCCUGCCAUGUCAAGUAUGCCGGAGUUUAUUUAAUCAAUGUAAACAUCUCGAACAGUAAAAUUGUUCUUGCUGCUGCUACGAUUACACUCUAUCAAAAUGGACUCAUCUUUACAUCACCUAACAAUGAAGAUUAUACUGGUAAUGCAAUUGGUGUGUGGAACUGUGAUCAAGCUGGAACAAUUACCUACAGUUUUGUUUCUUUUCGAAAUCCAUUACCAACAGUUAAUCUCAUACGCAUUAGAACAACAAAUAUUCAACUAAAAUGUGAUGGAACAGCAAACGCGCUGUGUCAUGGUACAGGCAAGGAUGCCGCUUACCGACUCUCCUUACCAGUUAACGGACAGUUUCAGACAAAGCUGAUAGAUAACGACACUGGCAUACUUAUAGUAAGGAAAUUAACACUUAAGCAGUAA